AUGUCAAAUUCCUUAACCUGUUGUGAAGGCAACUGUAAAUAUUUUGAUUUUGAGAAUGGCAUGAAGACGCUAUCCAAAUGGAAAAAAACUGGUCACGCUUUCGAUAACCAACCAACCUUCAGAGACAAUGUUAACGAACGCGACCCGAACAUCAAAACUAACGUGCAAGGUGAUUGGUGGAUAGGAACAUUUGAAAACAGGUCCAGUCCCACCGCCGAAGCUGGCUACAUGGAGGGUGAUUACCCUAUUGGUACACUGACGUCACCAGAAUUCCGUAUCAAAGGCUCAAACAUGGACUUUUUGCUUGGCGGUGGAUGUGACGGGGAAAAUAUUCGAGCUGAACUACUUGUGAAUGGCAAAGUACAACGUGUGGCUUACGCUGACUAUUGCCGUGAACGUAUGCGAAGAAGAUUGUGGAAUGUCGCAGAGUUUAGAAACCAAAUUGGUCAAAUUCGUUUAGUUGAUGGAUCUAGGAAGGGACAUAUUAAUUUUGACGACUUGAGGGGAGAUUUCACUUGUCUUGAAUCCGGAAACUGGAAUCCAGAAUCCGGAAACCAGAAACCGGAAUCCACAAAUCAAAGAAAGAUAUGUUGCAGGGCAAUUCCACCGUCACGGAGUUGA